UCCACGAAAAGGGAAUUCACGGCUGCCCCAUUCCCGUCUGCCGGGGAAAAGCUGGAUUUGGAAACUCUGGGAUCUGGUGGCAGCUCGGAAAACAGCCGGAGGGGAGCAUGGAAAAGGCUCCUGGCAGGAAUCCUGUUGGAAGCCAGCCCAGGGAACUGAAGGAGCGUUUUCCAUGCCUGGAUCCGAUGUUUGAUGGAUGAGUUUGGCACUUGGCUCCACCGGGAAUUUUAAAGGCAAACCCGACACCUUUGGCUCAGCUCCUGGCUUUCCCCUCGCUCCAGGAGCAUUCCCAAAUUUCCUUGGGAUGACAGGGAGGGGAUCAGGACCCCCCAGUGCCCCCCACUGAGCCAAGGAUCCCCACAAUUCCCAGGAAUGGGAGCAGGGCUUGGAAAGGGCCGUGAUGGGAGCUCCUCAUUCCCACCAGAAUUCCCAAGAUUUCCAGCCCCUAUCAUCCAGUCCUGCCCAAUUUUCCAGGAGCUAUCCUGGAAUUCUGGGGGCUGAUCCCAAGAUCACCACAGCAUUUGGGGGCAGAUCCCAGGAUCCAUUCCAACAUUUUGGGGGGCUCUGAUCCCAGGAUCCAUCCCAGAAUUUUGGGAGAUCUGAAUCCAGGAUCCACACCACAAGUUUUGGGAAGUUGAUCCCGGGAUCCAUCCCAGAAUUUGGGAGGCUGAUCCCUGGAUUCACCCCAGCAUUUUGAGGGUGGAAUCCUGAGAUCCAUCCCAACAUUUUAGGGGAGCUACAUCCAGAAUCCUUCCCAGAAUUUUGGGAGCAGAUCCCAGGACUCACCCCAGAAUUUUGGGGAGCAGAUCCAAGGAUCCAUCCCAGAAUUUUGGGAGGAUAAUCCAAGGAUCCAUCCCAGUAUCUGGGGUGGGGCUGAUCCCUGUUUUCCUGUGUGGAAGAGACUGGAAUUCUUCUUCCCUGUUUUCCUGGCUCUGGGAAGAGCUGAUGCUGUGGGAGAGGCUGGAAUUCUGCUUCCAACUUUUUUUUUUGGAGCAAUUCUCCGGAGCUCUGAGCUCAGCGGAGCUGCUGGAUCGGGAAUGAGGGAUCCACGUGCUCCAGCUUGGAGCUGCUCCCGGGUAUCCAGAGGGACAAAUCCCAAUCCCAAAUCCAGCUCUGGAGUGGGGUUUGCUGUUCCUGAGCAUCCAUCUUUCCCUGGGUAGUGGGGAAAUCCUCUGGAAUGGGAUAAAAUCCCUGCAUUCCCCCCCUCCCCUGCUCCUCCUGCGCUGAAAUCUGGGAAUUUGGGGAUUUGUUGUCAUUCCCAGCCUGUGUUUACAUUCCUGGUUUCCAGGCUGGUUCUUCCCAAACUCCCGAGGCAGCUGCAUCCAAGGCCAGAUGCCUCCCACAGGUCGGGAACAGCUGGAGCCUGGAAAAAUCCGGAAAACCUCCUGGGAUGAUCCCAAAAAACAGGGAAGGAAGGUCAGGAUGGAAGCACAAAGUCCUGUGGGAUUUGGGGGAGCUGGGAUUUGGAUCCAGGGAUUUGUGGGUGCCAUUCCCGCCCAUGGAGAGGGAUUGGAAUGGGAUGACCUCCCCAUUCCAUGGUUCCAUGAGGAAUUCCUGCUAUCCAGAGGUUUUUCCAGAUAAACAAAAGCUUUCCCUGGAUCCAGGGGUCAGCUGGGAGCACACGGCCAGAGCAGCCUCCUCCUCCAGGGUUUCUGAGGAGUCAUCCAAGGAUUUUAAUCUGGGAAAAACACGGGAUCUUCCCUUUGGGAAUGGCUGAUGUCAUUCCCAGGUCUGCAUCCAGCUGAACUCGCUCCCUGGGAUGAAACAUUCCCUGUUUUCUCCUCCCUUCUCCCAGUUUUUUUAUUUUCCCCCAGUUUUCCCCCCACUCUCUCCCGAAUUCUCCCCUGUCUCUCCCAGGUUUUUUCCUCCCUUUCUUCUCAGUUUUUCCAUUAUUUUCUUCCCGGCUUCCGCUCACUUUUCUUCCCAGGUUUUUACCCCCUUUUUUCCCAGUUUUCUCCCCUCUUUUCCCAGAGGAGGUGACACCUGGGCACCUCGAAACCCUUCCCAUCCCUGUGGGAUCCACCAGGAGAGGCCACGGGAAGCUGGGAGGCUGAUCCCUGGAUUCACUCCAGGGAAAUUUUGGGGGGGAAAUCCCAAUAUCCAUCCCAACAUUUUAGGGGAGCUACAUCCAGAAUUCUUCCUAGGAUUUUGGGAGCAGAUCCCAGCACUCACCCCAGAAUUCUGGGGAGCAGAUCCAAGGAUCCAUGCCAGCGUUUUGGGAGGGUAAUCCUGGGAUCCAUCACAACCCCUAUUGCAGGUGGGCAUUCCCAGCUGGCACAGUCCUGAUUCCUGACUGGCACCGCCAAUUGUAGGUAGGAAUCCUGGCUGGCACAGCUGAUUCCAGAUCGGAAUUCCUGGCUGGCACAGCUGAUUCCAAGUUGCAAUUCCAGGUUGGCAGAGCAGAUUCCAGGCUGGAAUUCUCGGCUGGCACAGCCCCAAUUCCAGAACAGAAUUCUUGGCUGGCACAGCCCCGAAUCCAGGUUGCAAUUCCAGGCUGGCACAGCUGAUUCCAGGCUGGAAUUACUGACUGGCACAGCUGAUUCCAGGUAGAAUUCCCGACUGGCACAGCUGAUUCCAAGUGGAAAUUCCCGGCUGGAAUCCGCCCUAAAGGGUGGCACGGCCUGGAGGAUGCUGUCCCCAUUCCCAUCCUUUCCUGCUGCGCCUCAUCCCAGGAUUCUAGGUGGGAAUUCCCAACUGGCACAGCCCCGAUUCCAGAAUACAAUUCCCGGCUGGCACAGCUGAUUCCAAGCUGAAAUCCCCGGUUGGCACAGCCGAUUCCAGGCUGGAAUUCCCACCUGGGCUCCGCUCCCUAAAGGGUGUCCCGGCUGGAAAGGGCCGUCCCCAUCGCCAUCCCUCCCCUCCUCCCCGUUCCCCGGUCCCUCCCACUCCCUCCCAGCGCUCUCCCGCUGUCAGGGAGCCGGGAAAAGUUUGGGAUAAGGGACGGGAUCUGGGCUCGGAGCUCCCAGUCCCGCCGAUGCUCGGCAGCGGGGAUUGCGGCAGCCGGCGAUUCCAUGGAUAUUCCCAGCGGGAUUCUCCUGGCCUGCUCCCUCUGCCUCCUGCCCGGAUUUGGGAAUUCCUUCAACAUCGACACCAAGAGGCCCCAGAUCAUCGCGGGAUCCAGGGAAUCUUUUUUUGGAUACACGGUGCAGCAGCACGACAUCGGCGGCAAGAAAUGGCUGGUGGUGGGAGCUCCGUACGAAUCCAACGGGCAGCAGAAAACCGGAGACGUCUACAAGUGUCCAGUGCUGAGUGACAACCACGGAAACUGCACCAAGCUCAACCUGGGGCGGGUGACGCUGUCCAACGUGUCGGAGCGCAAGGACAACAUGCGCCUGGGCCUGAGCCUGGCCACCAACCCCAGGGACAGCAGCUUCCUGGCCUGCAGCCCCCUGUGGUCCCACGAGUGUGGCAGCUCCUACUACACCACGGGAAUGUGUUCCCGCGUCAACUCCAACUUCCGAUUCUCCAGGACCGUGGCUCCAGCUCUGCAGAGAUGCCAGACCUACAUGGACAUCAUCAUCGUUCUGGAUGGAUCCAACAGCAUUUAUCCGUGGGUUGAGGUCCAGCACUUCCUGAUAAAUAUCCUGAAAAAGUUUUACAUUGGUCCUGGACAGAUCCAGGUGGGAGUUGUGCAGUACGGAGAGGACGUGGUCCAUGAGUUCCAUCUGAACGACUACAGGUCCGUGCAGGACGUGGUGGCGGCCGCCAGCCACAUCGAGCAGCGCGGCGGCACCGAGACCAGGACUGCCUACGGCAUCGAGUUCGCUCGCUCGGAAGCGUUUCGGAAAGGUGGCCGGAAAGGGGCAAAGCGAGUAAUGAUUGUCAUCACAGAUGGAGAGUCCCACGACAGCCCAGACCUGGAGAAGGUGAUCGAGGACAGCGAGAGGGACAACGUCACCAGAUACGCGGUGGCGGUCCUGGGUUAUUACAACAGGAGAGGAAUCAACCCCGAGGCCUUUCUGAACGAGAUCAAGUUCAUCGCCAGCGACCCCGAUGACAAACACUUCUUCAACGUCACCGACGAGGCGGCCCUCAAGGACAUCGUGGAUGCCCUGGGAGAGAGGAUCUUCAGCCUGGAAGGAACCAACAAGAACGAGAUCUCCUUCGGACUGGAAAUGUCCCAGACUGGAUUUUCAUCCCACGUUGUGGAAGACGGGAUCCUGCUGGGAGCAGUGGGAGCCUACGACUGGAACGGAGCCGUCCUGAAGGAGACCAGCAGCGGGAAGGUCAUCCCUCUGCGGGAAUCCUACCUGCAGGAAUUCCCGGAGGAGCUGAAAAACCACGGGGCCUACUUAGGUUACACCGUCUCCUCCGUCGUCUCCACCAAGCACGAGCGGAUUUACGUGGCGGGAGCGCCGCGCUUCAACCACACGGGCAAGGUCAUCCUGUUCACCAUGCACAGCAACAGGAACCUCACCAUCCACCAGGCCCUCAAGGGAGAGCAGAUCGGCUCCUACUACGGCAGUGAGAUCAAUUCCCUGGACGUGAACGGCGACGGCGUCACCGACGUGCUGCUGGUGGGAGCGCCCAUGUUCUUCAGCGAGGGCCGGGAGAGGGGCAAGGUCUACGUGUACACCCUGCGCGGGAACCUCUUUGUUCCCAGCGGAGCCCUGGUGGACCUCCAGAGUUACCAGAAUUCCCGUUUUGGCUCCUGCAUCGCCGCCGUUCCUGACCUCAACCAGGACUCCUACAACGACCUGGUGGUCGGGGCUCCUCUGGAGGACGAGCACCAAGGAGCCAUUUACGUUUUCCUGGGAUUCCAGGAGACCAUCCUGAAGAAGUACAAGCAGCGGAUCGCGGCCGCCGACCUAGCCCCGGGCCUGAUGUAUUUUGGAUGCAGCAUCCACGGGCAGCUGGAUCUGAACGAGGACGGGCUCGUGGACCUGGCCGUGGGCUCGCUGGGGAGCGCCGUGGUGCUCUGGUCCCGCAGCGUGGUGCAGAUCAACGCCAGCCUCCGCUUCGAGCCCCCCAAGAUCAACAUCUUCACCAAGGACUGCAGGCGCAACGGGAAGGAGGCCACCUGCAUGAGGGCCUUCGUCUGCUUCACCGCCCUCUUCCUCUCCGCUCACUUCCAGACUGCCAGCGUGGGGCUCAGGUACAACACGACCAUCGACGAGCGCCGCUACUCGCCCCGGGCACACCUGGACGACGGCAGGGCGGCACCGCGGGCGCUGGUGCUGCCCGCCGGGCAGGAGCUCUGCCACACCCUGCCCUUCCACGUCCUGGACUCGGCGGAUUACGUGAAGCCAGUGACGUUCUCCAUCGACUACGAGCUGGAGCACCCCGAGCACGGCCCCAUGCUGGACGAUGGGUGGCCCACCUCCCUCAGGGUCUCUGUCCCCUUCUGGAAUGGCUGCAAUGAGGAUGAGCACUGUGUCCCCGACCUGGUGCUGGAUGCCAGGAGUGACAUUCCCAGUGCCAUGGAAUUCUGCCGGAGGGCGCUGCGCAGGGCGGACUGCUCGGCCUUCAGCCUCUCCUUCGACGCCUCCGUCUUCGUCAUCGAGAGCAGCAGGAGGAGGGUGGCCGUGGAAGCCACACUGGAAAACCGCGGGGAGAACGCCUACAGCACCGUCCUCAACAUCUCCUUCUCCAGGAACCUCCAGUUGGCCAGCCUCAUCCCCAGGGACGACAGCGACAUCAACAUCGACUGUGCCAGUGAUGACAGACACCCCACCAGGAGGGUGUGCAACAUCAGCUACCCCUUCUUCCGAGCCAAGGCCAAGGUCGCUUUCCGCCUGGAUUUUGAAUUCAGCAAGUCCGUCUUCCUGCAGAGCAUGGAGGUCUACAUGGUUGCCAGCAGUGACAGCGAGGAGAAGGAGAGCACCAAGGAGGACAACGUUGCCCACCUCAACUUCCAGCUCAAGUACGAGGCCGACCUGCUCUUCACCAGGACAUCAAGCCUGGACUAUUUUGAGAUCAGAUCCAACAAUUCCCUGGAUGCAUCCAACCCCAUCGGGCCCCCCUUCCACUGCACCUUCACGCUGCAGAACCUGGGAUUCUUCCCGGUGCAAGGGGUGACCCUCAAGAUCACCGUGCCCGUGGCCACCCGGGCGGGCAACCGGCUCCUGCUGCCCACGGAGUUCCGGGCAGACCAGGAAAACACGACCUGCAGCAUCUGGGGGAACACCACUGACUACCGGAGAACCCCGGCGGAGGAGGACCUGUCCCGCACCCCACACCUGAACCACAGCAACUCCGACGUGGUUUCCAUCGACUGCGAGGUGAAAUUGGCCCCCAACGAGGAGCUGAACCUGCACCUGCGUGGGAAUCUGUGGAUGAAGUCUCUGAAAGCACUGAAGUUCAAGGCACUGAAGCUCACCACGAUCGCCGCGCUCCAGCGGCGCUUCCGGAGCCCCUUCGUUUUCCGGGAGGAGGAUCCCAGCCGCCAGGUCACCUUUGAGAUCUCCAAGCCCGAGGAAUCGCAGAUUCCCAUCUGGAUCAUCCUUGGGAGCACCUUCGGAGGUCUCCUGCUCCUGGCCCUGCUGGUCCUGGCGCUCUGGAAGCUCGGGUUCUUCAAGAGCGGGAGCCGCCGGCGCGCGGCCGAGCGGGAGCAGAAUUCCCACGGGAUGGAGUGACUCUGCCGGGGCCAGGAGCCCCCUCCCAGCUCCGGAGACUCCCAAGACCCCGAGGGAUUUGGGGGCUGAGCUUGGCUUUGCAGCAGGAUGAGAGAACAGCACUUAAAAGCCAUAAAAAAAACCCUCAAACCAACUGCAAAUUCCCCAGAAAACUCGUCGGAUGUGAUUUCGACUGGGAUUCCAUAAAAAAAAAAACCCUCAAACCAAUGGAAAAUGCCCCAAAAUUCACCUCAGAGGUGCUUCUAACUGGGGUUCCAUUAAAAACACCACAAACCAACCAAAAAGGUCCCAAAAAAACAUCCUCAGAGGUGCUUUCAACUGGGAUUCCAUAAAAAAAAAGCCUCAAAUCAACCAAAAAUUCCCCAAAAAUCUCCUCGGAAGUGCUUCCACCUGGGAUUUCACCAAGGUGGCAGCAGUGGGGACGAGGGGACACCGACGCGAGGGGUCCCUGAUGUGGAGCUGGAAAACUCCUUAAAAUAAAAAUAUUAUCCCAAAGAAUCCCCCAUGGAUUGCUCCUUCCCGUGGCGGAGCUGUCGCAGAUCCCGGGCUCUGCUGGCCGCAGCUCUCAAACUGCCUUCGUUAACAGGAGUAAUUAAGCAGAGGCGUUAAUUAGUCUGAAUGCACUGAAUGAAAUUCUUGUGAUUUCAAGCACCUUAAAUGCCAAAUCUCCCGUGUCCAGCUGUACAUAAUUCUUCUAAAAACAGGAAGGAAAGGAGGGGGGGAAAUAUUAAAAAUCCCGCCCAAAAAAAAAAAAAAAACAAAAAAAGCAAACCACAAACUUAGAAAUAAUUUUGAAAAAUUUUAAAAUCAUGUAAAGCAUUAAUUAAAAAGCAGUUUGAUGAGUUUUGUCCCAGCAGAGCAGUUAGGGGAGCCCACGUGUAUCAUACCUGUACAUAGCUGGUGCCAUGGAAAUCAUGGAAUUUUAAGGGCAGGAAUGCCCUUGGCAUAGCAGAAUUAUUUAUGCUAAUAUUAAUUUUAUGGAGAAGAGGGAAGAGGAUUUUUCUGGAUGCAGGGUGAGGUUCGGGACAUAGUGUUCCUGGUAUUUUUUAAGGAUUAAAAAUAUGGUAUUUUAAAAA